UCACCUUUUCCUUUCGACACCAUGACAGAAGUAGAAGAAGCGCAGUUCUGGCAGGCGAUUGGAAUAUUGAUCAAAAACUAUCAUGCCUUGAAUAAAAAGAUAUUCGAGGUGGUAAUCACCCAAGUGGAGAAGCAGCAGGAUGGUCGACUUUGUGAUUCCAGCGAAGAGGAACUGGGGAAGUGCCUGAAAGAAGACCCAAUCAAGCGCACGUGCACAGGCUUAAAGAUUGGAUUCAAACUGUUGCCCAAGAAACUGCCUGAGAACAUCUUGGCCACCGGAACUGUGGACUUUGUGAAUAACAAAUAUGAGUGCCAAUUUGCCAGCGAUGAUAUCGAAGACUUUUCGGUGCGACUUCUCAAGGGACAGCUUGUACUGGAUUCAAAACAGAACCCCAACUGGUUGGAAUUUGUUCUGAAACCAAAGCUCCUAAGCUGGUCGCAAUCCAAACAGGAUGAAUCAAAGUUAAAGUCAUUGGGCAUGGUAAAUGUGGAGAAGUACAAUGACCUGUACAAGAAGUUAAAAGAGAAGCAUUCCCAGCGUCUCCUUGAGUACUGGAAAACAGCUCAAGAAUCCACGGAUCCGUUAAAGUUUAUCUACGAGGAUUUGGCCAUAGCCGCUUAUCUUAUUGUUCUAUGGGGUCAAACCCAAACCGAGCCCAAGGCCUUCGCGGAUUUGGGUUGCGGAAACGGUCUUCUAGUGCAUGUCCUCAAUGCCGAGGGCUACAAGGGCUAUGGCUACGAUAUAAGGAAGCGAAAGCUGUGGUCUCUUUAUCCGGAGGAAACCCAGCAGAGCCUCAUCGAACAAGCAGUUGAGCCCAACAACUUCCGCUUAGAUUUUCCGGAUGUAGAUUGGUUAAUUGGCAAUCAUUCGGAUGAACUUUCUCCCUGGCUCCCAGUUUUGGCUGGGCGCUUAAACACCAACUACUUCCUACUGCCCUGCUGUCCUUAUGAACUCUCGGGAGCUAAGUUCCGCAGGCGGAACACCAAGAUAAGUUCCUACCAGGACUUUUUUCAAUACGUCACCAAAAUCUCACAGGAAUGUGGCUUUGAGGUGCUACAAGACCGCCUAAAAAUACCCAGCACUAAACGCUUGGCUCUGCUAGGAAUCAAAAGGAACACCAGCAAGGAUUUGGAAUACUUUGUCCAGGAGGAGUUAAUAAAGUACAAAACAGGAGAUUCCGAAAUUAAACUGCGAGAGAAGGAGGAAAGCGUUCGCAACUGCACGCAGGUGGACAAAUCCAUCAUCGAUGGUCUGGUGCUGAAGAUAUUCAACAAAAUCCUCGCCUCCAAAGAAGAUAAGUGGUCAGGUCGCCUGCCCAUGCGAGAGAUUGCCCAGAGCCUUACCAAGGAAGAAUUGAGGGGCAUCAAAUCCGAAUGCGGUGGCAUCAAAACUUUGCUGAGAAAUAAACACGAGGUAUUUGAGUUCUGCGGCGGCGAUCUCAUAGGGAUAAGAACCCCUAAACCGACGGCUAUUCUUCAAUCCCGUCUGACCACAAAAAAGCGUAGUUGCUUCUUCAAGCUCCAUCACCCAUUUGGAUGUCCCCUCGAGGAUACCGAGUGUUCCUUCAUACAUUAACAUAGCUUGUUUGUGUGUGGCCCUUGCUCACGUUUAUUGUUUCGAUUAUAAUAUAAAGAAAAGUGCCUGUGCCCAAUCGGCAUGAAUCGUGUGUCCAUUGUACAAACUA